AUAGAACACCUGUUAUAUCAGCCAGUCCUUCUGGAUAUUUCCAACCUGGACCUAAUUUUACUCUCAUUGGAAAAAUAAUAAACCCAUACAACUUUAUUUAUAUCACACAUUUUAUACAAAAACAUGCAACAGAAUGUGAGGUGGAAGUGAUUCAAGCAGUCUCACAUCAGCGGCUUCUCUUUUCUAUGAGUUGAUGAUUUCUGAUCUUUCAAAUGAAAGAAAACUUUAAAAUAAACACUGACAUUAAGAAAAGAGAAAGAAAGCUGACAAACUAACACACAGUUGAAUCAGGCGUCUGUGAGGGGCUUGAAAAAAAGGAGGAGAGGAGUCAGCUGAGGAAUGUUACUUUCGUUUUCUGGGCGGUGUUUAGUUUCAGCUUCAUGUGAGAAGUCUGACAUGUUUUCAGGAUCCAAACUUUUUGAACUCGUUCAUAAAAGUUGUGACUUACUAUGAAAUGACCAGAGUUUGUAUUCACUGACACUCUGAACUCAACAAAGACUCUCUAUGAAUGCCUCAACAACACAAUAAAAAAAGUUUUAAUGAGUGGAUGCUGUUGUAAAAACAAAUGAAACACAUUGAUGCAUUUAUGAAGAAUGUUUCAGAAUGAUGUUGUUGUUGAUGUUUAUAAAAAUGCAUUUCAUAUUGCACAUUAGUGGUUAAUAAAUGUCAUUUUUUUGGAGAAAAUGUUGGACUGCACAGUACUACAGGAUCAUGUUCAGUAGUUUCAGUAACUGUGGUCAAAAGGAAAGAAUCGCUCAUGAACUGCACAGCGCUGGUCGAGAAUCCACAACACUCUGGUCUAACUGUCUUCAACAUGAAAUGUUUCACGUUCCUGCUGUUUCUGUAUCUUUUCUCUCGGUCUCUGGUCGAUUGUGCUGCUGAUGGAAAUGGAUACUUUAUGUACGCCGACUUCUGGUGUGCCUGGUCCUCUGCAGAGCCAGAGCAGGUGGAAUAUCUGAUCGACUGGUAUUUUAAUGAAGAGUUUACGAUGCGGUACAACAGCACAGUCGGGAACUGGACAGGCUUUACUCCAGCUGGAUUAAUCUCUGCAUUGAAGUUUAAUGAAGACAAGCACGACGUUCUGCAGAGGAAAUUGGAGAGACAGCUGAUAUGUGUCAACCAUAUUGGUUUGUUAAUGAAUGCAACCGAGGAGAACAUGGCUGAACCCAACAUCACUCUUACAGAGAUCACCACCUCCAGUCACGGCACCAUGCUGGUGUGCAGCGCUUACGAUUUCUACCCCAAACAUAUCAGGGUGACAUGGCACCGCAACGGACAGGAAGUGACUUCAGGCGUGACUUUAACCGAGGUGAUGACAAACGGAGACUGGACCUACCAGGUCCACUCUUUCCUGGAGUUCACACCUGGCCGACAGGACAGGGUCAGCUGUGUGGUGGAGCACAUCAGCCUCAGGGAGCCCAAGAUUUCUGACUGGGACUCUUCCUUUAAUCAGUCCGAGAGGAGCUUCGUGAUUGGUGGAGUUUGUGCUCUGCUGUUGGGAGCAGUGAUUCUGUCCUCAGGACUGAUCCACUAUAGGAGGAGACGCUCUGUAAUCUGAUAGAAAACCUGUUAAAUCAGCCAGUCCUUCUGGAUAUUUCCAACCUGGACCUAAUUUUCCUUUAAUCAGGAAAAUAAAAAACCCAUACAACUUUAUUUACAUUGCACAUUUCCCACAAAAACUUGCAACGGAAUGUGAGGUGAGAGUGAUUCAAGCAAUAUCAUAAUUUAGAUGAAUUUUACAGGAUGUGUACAUUAAAAUAAAGUCUGUCUUCAGUGUAGUUUUCGCUGACGUCCAGAUAUUCAGUCAGGACCGAACCAGUGUGGCUGCAAAACUCCCAUUUUGAGCUCCCAGCCAUGCACCCUCCAGUGGUUUCAUCCCACUGUUGCCACGGCUACACACACAGGACAGAGAGAAGAGAUAAAUGUGUCAGGGAACUCCGUCUCCCUGGCAACGGUAAACAGGUCUGUCAGUGUGACUUACACACAGGUGAAACAUUAGCCUGGCCGAGAGAAAGAAGCCACACAUACUGACACACACACUCACACACACACACACACACUGGUUAGGACAGAUGGCGGCUUCACAGCGAACAUCUGAGCCCAUCAAUUUUGUGCAUCAGGAUGAAAUCUGGUAAAUCUUCUAACUUGUUUCAGCACUGUGCAUCAUUAGUGUUUUUAUUCAAAUUAUUCUUGAUGAAAAUGGUGAAGUGUAUUGAUGUAGCAUUGGUGGCUAGAUGUUUAAAAUUCUGAAUCUUUGUCUUGUUUUAAAACAUCAGCUGUUUCUUCCUGUUUGCUGUUGUGAAAGACUAUUAUCAUUUUUACUAUUAUUAUUAAUACUGAGAGUAUUGUUAUCAUGUUUUACUCUCUCUUCUUGUUUCUUUUUUCCUCUCAGUCUUCAUUGUGUCUCUCCCUGGGUAUGAAAUGUGUUAUAUAACAAAUACAGAUUGCCAUACUUAUAUAACGAGAAAGGUUUUGGGGUUUAAUUAGAUUUGGUCUGUCAUUCUAAUAAUAAGCAUAAUAAGCAUAACUUGUUUUAAUGAGAUACGUCUGUUUUUGUAAUAAGACAUUUUUAAGAUGAAAUGAUAAGCUAUAACAAGUGCCUAAAAAUGUCAAUAAUUAAUAUGUAGCUCUAACGAGAAAUAUGUGUCAUUACAGCUUUAAAAAUGAUCUUGUUAAAAUGUGAAAAGUUUCUCUUUAAUUUAGGAAAAUUACGUCUUCAUGAUGAGCAACUCCAAAUAUGUUUUUGUCGUGGUUGUAGCAAUAAACUGUCACAUCAGCUU